GCUGAGGGCCAGUGUGGCGCCCACACCAGCACCCACUGCAAAGAGCGCGCACGGACGCACCCCAGGCGGCAGGUCCAGCACCCACGCUGGCACUCGCCUCGGGAAAGCCCCCCCCAGCGGCUACAAUGGCCGCCUCCCCGUCGGCCACCUCCCCGUCGCCCUCGCCGGCGCCCACGCCACCGCCUACGCCACGACCGCCAUCGGAAAAGCCACUCCCAGCACUUACAAUGGCCACCUCCCCGUCGGCCACCUCCCCGUCGCCCUCGCCGGCGCCCACGCCACCGCCUACGCCACGACCGCCAUCGGAAAAGCCACUCCCAGCACUUACAAUGGCCACCUCCCCGUCGGCCACCUCCCCGUCGCCCUCGCCAGCGCCCACGCCACGGCCGCCAGUCUUCACGGUCGACGUGGCGGCCGCAGCUGUGGCCGACAUCGUCGCCGCGACCGAGGGCGUGGCGUCCAACCCCGCCGACCUGUCCCCCGCGCUCUGGCCCCAAGAGAACAAGACCCUCCUGUUCGUUGGCCAGGACAACGGAAACAUCGAGGAGUACGUGGAAGCCUUCGGGGCCCCGCCAGGGUUCAGCGUGUACCAUCUCCGACCUGCACGCGGGUCUCUGGGGGCCAGGGGACUGGGGCGCCGGGAUGCUCUGCGCCGAUUGCUUGCUGCGGGAGCACGGCCCAGGCGUGGCAUUUAACCUGGCGGUCGGCAUCGUGGACAUGGCCGACGACGUGGUCGCGGGGGCGUGGGACGACAACAUUCGGGCCGGGCGAAAGGGGGGGAAAGACAGGUGGGCCCGUGUACAUCCGCCCCGGCUACGAGUUCGACGGGACGUGGAACCAUUUUGAGCCCGUGACGUACAAGUCGGCCUAUCAGCAUUUUGUCGACCUCUUCCGGGCUGCGUACGUCGCGAACGUGCUCUGGGUUUGGCAUUCGGCCCUGAAUCUCCCCACGUACCAGGGACACGACCGGAUGGAAUGGUAUCCGGGCGACGGGUACGUGGAUUUGUUCGGCGUCUCGGUGUUCACCGCGCUCUACGCGGACGGGCACCCAUACAAGGAAGACAACGCAUCUACCAUGGAGGACCUCAAGAGCUGGACCAGGGUGGCGGCCGCCCGACGCAAGCCACUGGCGAUCGUGGAGUCGACGGCGCGCAGCUACAACAUGUCAGAUCUGGGCGCGUCUGGUGCAUGGGGCAGCUGGUUUCAGCCGAUGUUUGAGUUCCUGGGGCAGAACGAUAUACGGCUCUUCGCGUACAUAAAUUGCAAUUGGGAUAUCCAGCCCAUGUGGAGCGGGGGCAAUUGGGGCGACACCCGCCUGCAGGCCAACGAGUUCUUGGCAGCCUCGUGGACGAAUGAGAUGAACAAGACGAGGUGGAAGGGCGUAUUCUUGCCCAUUCCUUGA